UCCUUCCUCCCUGUCUGCAUAACCAACCAGUGCUGCCCUCAACCAUGAAGCUGCUGAGAGUCCUUGUGCUGAUUGCCCUCCCCCUUUACUGUUUUGCAGGUUCUGGGUGCUCAUCUCUAGAAGAGGUGAUUAACAAAACUAUCGAUUCUCAAGUGAGCGUGGAAGAAUACCAAAAUUUACUUAAAUCCUACUCAUCUGGUCCUGCAACUGACGAGGCCAUAGCACAACUGAAGCAAUGUUUUCUCAGCCAGUCGGAUGAAAUUCUGACCAAAGUUGGCACGCUGUUGAACAUAAUAUAUGAAAGUAAGUGGUGUGCUCUGUUUUAACUUUCCAUAAAACCUGGGCCUCCGAGGACUACAGAGACUGCUCAGAAACCGACUGCUGAUUAUAUAUGAACCACAACUUUCCUUUCCUUUUUGUCUUUUGAUCUAUAAACUGCAAGACAAUUGUUGAAACCUCGAGUACAUUUUCAUUUCAAUAAAGUAUCUGCAAAUGGAAAGUUCUUCUUAUGUUAUC